AUGGCUGACCGCUUCUUCCCCAACGACUUCGUCGCCGAGGCUGAGGCCUCCGACGGCGACGGCGAGGGGCACCGCCCCGCGGGGCUUCGGGGCCUGCUCUCACUUCCGUACAGUAGGCUCUCCGACCGCUUCGUCCGCGCCGCGCGCCGCCUCAAGGACAAGGUGGUGGAGGAGACGUGGGUGAAAGCCGGGCGGAAGGUGACGGACUACACGCUCUACACGGGCUCUCUCGGGACAGCGCUGCUGCUGUUCAAGUCCUUCCAGGUCACCGGAGACCUCGGGGACCUCGCCCUCGCCGCUGACAUCGUCCGCGCGUGCGAUGAAGCGUCGCGGGGCCUGCCGUUCUUGACAUUCAUAUGCGGGAGGGCCGGUGUCUGCGCUCUUGGAGCGGUGAUUGCCAAGCAUUGUGAUGAUCAGCUGAGGGUCACUCAAUAUCUGAGCUCCUUUGAUGAGAUAACAGUCACUGAGAAAGUUCCAAAUGAACUGCUGUAUGGAAGGUCAGAUGAGCAGGAUGAUGUAAAGAACACCCUGCGGUAUAUGAUCAAGAACAAGUUUCCCAGUGGCAACUAUCCCUCAAGUGAAGGCAAUGAAUCGGAUCGCUUGGUGCAUUGGUGUCAUGGUGCCCCAGGUGUUGCUCUUACGCUUGCUAAAGCAUAUGAGGUAUUCCAUGAUGAUUAUUUCAAGCAAGCAGCUGCAGAGGCUGCUGAGGUGGUUUGGAACCGAGGGCUUCUGAAGAGAGUCGGAAUAUGUCACGGUGUAAGCGGGAAUGCCUAUGUGUUUCUCUCACUCUACAGACUAACCGGUAAUGUUGAGUACCUCUACCGGGCAAAGGCUUUUGCCUGCUUUCUUCUGGAGAAAGCUGAUCGGUUGAUAGCCGAGGGAACCAUGCAUGGUGGACUGGUGAAUGCAAAAUCACACUGCUUGAUCCGCAAUGCAAUUAUCAUCAGCUGCCACCUCCUAUACUUUGUUCUACACUUCUACUUGGAUGAGGUCAUGAGGAUGGGAAUCUCAUUGCCAGUGAGCCCUUGGGAAAGCAGGCGAGCGACCCCUGCAAAGCUCGGAGUCGUCGAUCCCCUGCAGCGGCCGGCGGCAGGCCCUUUCAGGCGGGCGCCGGGCAGUGUCGAUCCCUUGCAGCUCGCCGGCAAAGCCGCAAGCCCUUGCAGGCGAGCGAUGGCUAAAGAAGCCAGGAAGAAAGCUAUUGAUGACAUGGAUCCUAAGAUGAAAGAGGCAUUCGAGAAUAUCAAAUUUUACAAAUUUUAUCCUGUGAAAACCCCAGACACGCCUGAUGUAAACAAUGUAAAGGCUAGGUACAUCAACAGAUACUACAGGAAUGCCCAUUAUCUGAUGUGA